AGUAUAGUAGUCUGACAUUGGACAGGGCGAAAGUGAGGCUUGGAACGCGGGUUUGUACAGAGGACAGAGAGGAGACAGGGCAGCGGGGCAUGCGGAAAAGGUGAUAUUAGGCUGCAGAGGGGCAGAGAGCAGUAGCUGGCUGUAGAGCUGGGGAAUACAGUGUUGCAUGUACAGUGUGUGUGCUAAACAUAACACAUUCGUGCGGAUGCCUCUGUGACCCCCGUUUCCUGACAGUAGUUACAUGUAUAGCCGCCCGUAGGAUUGGUAACCUCGGUGUAGGACACGGGACAUGCUCCCUAUAGCUUCUGCAUUUAUCAGACACCGAGCACUGCACGUUUGGCAGACGCCUAUAUCAUACAGUGUAACACAGUAACAGUACGCUGCUGCCCUGACAAUGAUCCCUGCGGUGUGCAGUAAGUCCCUUAUACGGACUGUAGACUUGUGUAAAAGACCACUUAUUGCAUCAAUAACUGGUAAAUGCAGGGGCAUUCAUUCAUCGUCCAAAAAAAAUACGAUUAUGCCAGCAUGGGUGAUUGACAAGUAUGGGAAGAAUGAUGUACUCCGCUUCAAAGAGCACAUGCUAUUUCCAGUUAUCCACUAUCCCAAUGAAGUGAUCAUAAAAGUCCAUGCUGCAAGUGUAAAUCCUCUCGAUGUAAAUAUGAGAAAUGGUUAUGGAGCAGCUAGUUUGAAUAUGAGUCGUGAUCCUCUCCACCUAAAUAUGACUGGCAGGGAGUUUCCUAUUAUUCUGGGCCGAGAUGUCUCAGGAACUGUUAUGGAAUGUGGGCUUACCGUGCAAUAUUUUAAGCCUGGAGAUCAGGUGUGGGCAGCAGUUCCUCCAUGGAAGCAAGGCACAUUUGCAGAGUUUGUCGUUGCAAGUGCUAAUGAGAUCUCGAUGAAGCCGAAGUCACUUAGCCAUACAGAAGCAGCAUCUUUGCCCUAUGUUGCUCUCACAGCAUGGGCUGCUCUCGUUAACAGCUGUGGUUUGAAAAAGGAAACAUGUCCAGGAAAACGCGUAUUGAUUAUUGGGGCAUCGGGGGGAGUUGGCACAGCCGCCAUUCAGCUAUUAAAAGCAUGGGGCGCACAUGUGACGGCUGUUUGUUCUAGAGGGGCUAGCUCGCUGGUGACAGACCUUGGAGCUGAUGAUGUAAUUGAUUACAAUGCAGCAAAUCUACAAGAACAGCUAAAGUCAAGAGAACUAUUUAAUGUAAUUCUCGACAACGUCGGUGGAACGACUGAAGAAUUGGCUAGUCAGUAUCUUAAGCCUUGGUCUGGAGCCACAUUUGUUACACUAAUCACUCCUUUUUUGUAUAACAACGACCGGUUGGGUAUAGCAGAUGGUAUGAUGCGAACAGGGAUUACUCUGUCAUCAAAAGUAAUUAAGCACCUCUGCAAAGGGAUCCACUACCGAUGGGGAUUUUUUACUCCCAGCGGCCCAACCCUGGAUGAAAUUGGUGAGCUGGUUGACGCUGGCAAGAUUCGACCGGUUAUUGAAAAAGUAUAUCCAUUUUCUGACCUCCCCCAAGCCUUCCAGAAGGUAGAAGAAGGACAUGCUCGAGGAAAAUCCGUCAUUGAAGUUCUCCAUCGUAAAAAAUAAAUAUUUGUAUUUCCUACUGGUUUAUCAAA